GGUGAGGAGGGGCUGCGCCGUGCGCGCCGUGCGCACCGCAUACCCGAGCACAGACACAUGCCCGCAUCCCAAUUGUGUGCAGCAGCUCGUUGCGUACAGGGGGAGACCGGAGCGCUCAGACCAGGACCCGACACGGCUGCUGCUCGCGCUGCUUCCCUCUCGACACCAGGUGGCCGCGUUGCUCUGGUAAAUACCCAGUAAGAUGUCUCAUCGGAGUGGGCAGGAGGACCCGGAGCGGUACCUGUUCGUGGACCGGGCCGUGGUCUACAACCCGGCCACGCAGGCCGACUGGACGGCCAAGAAGCUGGUGUGGGUCCCCUCCGAGCGCCACGGCUUCGAGGCGGCCAGCAUCCGGGAGGAGCGCGGCGAGGAGGUGCUGGUGGAGCUGGCGGAGAACGGCAAGAAGGUGGUGAUCAACAAGGACGACAUCCAGAAGAUGAACCCGCCCAAAUUCAGCAAGGUGGAGGACAUGGCGGAGCUCACCUGCCUGAACGAGGCGUCUGUGCUGCACAACCUGAAGGACCGCUACUACUCCGGACUCAUAUACACGUACUCGGGCCUCUUCUGUGUGGUCAUCAACCCCUACAAGAACCUGCCCAUCUACUCAGAGAACAUCAUCGAGAUGUACAGAGGGAAGAAGAGGCACGAGAUGCCGCCGCACAUUUACGCCAUCUCCGAGUCGGCGUACCGCUGCAUGCUUCAAGAUCGUGAGGACCAAUCAAUCCUUUGCACAGGUGAAUCGGGCGCUGGCAAGACGGAGAACACCAAGAAGGUCAUCCAGUACCUGGCCCACGUCGCCUCCUCGCACAAAGGACGCAAAGACCACAACAUUCCUGGUGAGUUGGAACGGCAGCUCCUGCAGGCGAACCCCAUCCUUGAAUCUUUUGGCAACGCCAAGACGGUGAAGAAUGACAAUUCGUCUCGCUUUGGAAAGUUCAUCAGAAUCAACUUUGACGUCACGGGAUACAUCGUCGGGGCGAACAUCGAAACCUACCUUCUGGAGAAGUCGAGGGCCAUUCGACAGGCCAAAGACGAGCGGACCUUUCACAUCUUCUACCGCCUGCUGGCGGGAGCGGGGGAGCACCUUCGAACGGAUCUGCUGCUCGAAGGCUUCAACAACUACCGUUUCCUGUCCAACGGUAACAUUCCCAUCCCGGGCCAGCAGGACAAGGACAACUUCCAGGAGACGAUGGAGGCCAUGCACAUCAUGAGCUUCAACCACGACGAGAUCGUCUGCAUGCUGAAGGUCGUGUCUGCCGUGCUGCAGUUCGGCAACAUCGUCUUCAAAAAGGAGAGGAACACGGAUCAGGCCUCCAUGCCGGAGAACACAGCGGCGCAGAAGCUCUGCCACCUGCUGGGAAUGAACGUGAUGGAGUUCACUCGAGCCAUCCUCACCCCGAGGAUCAAAGUGGGCCGAGACUACGUGCAGAAGGCGCAGACCAAAGAGCAGGCUGACUUUGCUGUGGAAGCUCUGGCCAAAGCCACUUAUGAGCGUCUGUUCCGCUGGCUGGUCCACCGCAUCAACAAGGCCCUGGACCGGACCAAACGGCAGGGGGCGUCCUUCAUCGGCAUCCUGGACAUCGCUGGCUUUGAAAUCUUUGAGCUGAACUCUUUCGAGCAGCUCUGCAUCAACUACACCAACGAGAAGCUGCAGCAGCUCUUCAACCACACCAUGUUCAUCCUGGAGCAGGAGGAGUACCAGAGGGAGGGCAUCGAGUGGAGCUUCAUCGACUUCGGCCUGGACCUGCAGCCCUGCAUCGACCUCAUCGAGCGGCCGAACAACCCCCCGGGCAUUCUGGCCCUGCUGGACGAGGAGUGCUGGUUCCCCAAGGCCACCGACAAGACGUUCGUGGACAAGGUGCUGCAGGAGCAGGGCACGCACGCCAAGUUCCAGAAGCCGCGUCAGCUGAAGGACAAGGCCGACUUCUGCAUCAUCCACUACGCCGGGCGGGUGGACUAUAAGGCCGACGAAUGGCUCAUGAAGAACAUGGACCCUCUAAAUGACAACGUGGCCACGCUGCUGCACCAGUCCACCGACAAGUUUGUGGCCGAGCUUUGGAAAGAUGACAUUCAGACGUUUCAGAGAGCCUCUUUCUAUGACAAUGUGUCUGGGCUCCAUGAAGCUCCAGUCGACCGGAUCGUCGGCCUGGAUCAGGUUGCAGGGAUGAAUGAGACGGCUUUCGGCGCCGCGUACAAGACCAAGAAGGGCAUGUUCCGCACGGUGGGGCAGCUGUACAAGGAGCAGCUGUCCAAACUGAUGGCCACGCUGAGGAACACCAACCCCAACUUCGUCCGCUGCAUCAUCCCCAACCAUGAGAAACGGGCCGGGAAACUGGACCCUCACCUGGUUCUGGACCAGCUGAGGUGUAAUGGGGUUCUGGAGGGGAUCCGGAUCUGCAGACAGGGCUUCCCCAACCGCAUCGUCUUCCAGGAGUUCAGACAGAGAUAUGAGAUCCUCACUCCCAACGCCAUUCCAAAGGGCUUCAUGGACGGCAAGCAGGCCUGUGAGAGGAUGAUUCAGGCCCUGGAGCUGGAUGGAAACCUCUUCCGGAUCGGUCAGAGUAAGAUCUUCUUCCGGGCCGGAGUCCUGGCCCACCUGGAGGAGGAGCGAGACCUGAAGAUCACGGACAUCAUCAUUUACUUCCAGGCCGUCUGCCGAGGAUAUCUGGCUCGCAAGGCCUUCGCUAAGAAGCAGCAGCAGCUCAGCGCUCUGAAGGUUCUCCAGAGAAACUGCGCCGCCUACCUGAAGCUGCGUCACUGGCAGUGGUGGAGACUUUUCACCAAGGUGAAGCCCCUGCUGCAGGUGACCCGGCAGGAGGAGGAGAUGCAGGCGAAAGACGAGGAGCUGGUCAAAGUGAAGGAGAAGCAGAUGAAGGUGGAAGGAGAGCUGGUGGAGAUGGAGAGGAAGCAUCAGCAGCUAACGGAGGAGAAGAACAUCCUGGCGGAGCAGCUGCAGGCGGAGACGGAGCUGUUCGCCGAGGCUGAGGAGAUGCGAGCUCGCCUGGCCUCCAAGAAGCAGGAGCUGGAGGAGAUCCUGCACGACCUGGAGUCCCGGCUGGAGGAGGAGGAGGAGAGGACCCAGGGCCUGCAGAACGAGAAGAAGAAGAUGCAGUCUCACAUCCAGGAUCUUGAAGAGCAGCUGGAUGAGGAGGAAGCUGCAAGGCAGAAGCUGCAGCUGGAAAAAGUCACGGCAGAAGCCAAAAUGAAGAAGUAUGAGGAGGACAUUCUGCUGCUGGAGGACCAGAACUCUAAGUUUCUCAAGGAAAAGAAGCUGACGGAGGACAGAAUCAAUGAAGUGACCUCGACGCUCGCUGAGGAGGAAGAAAAGGCCAAAAACCUUGGAAAACUGAAGAACAAGCAGGAGAUGAUGCUGGCCGAUCUGGAAGAGAGACUGAAGAAAGAGGAAAAGACCCGGCAGGAGCUGGAGAAAGCCAAGCGGAAGCUGGACGGAGAGAUCUCCGACUUCCAGGAGCAGAUCGCCGAGCUGCAGUCGCAGACGGAAGAGUUCAAAGUUCAGCUGGGCAAGAAGGAAGAGGAGCAGCAGAUGAUGCAGACCAGGGGUGAAGAAGAGGUGAGCCACAAGAACAACGCUCUGAAGCAGGUUCGGGAGCUGCAGGCGCAGCUGGGCGAGCUGCAGGAGGACCUGGAGUCCGAGAAGCAGGCCAGGAACAAGGCCGAGAAACUCAAGAGGGACUUGAGUGAAGAGCUGGAGGCCCUCAAGACUGAACUGGAGGACACGCUGGACACGACUGCAGCCCAGCAGGAGCUCAGGACCAAGCGUGAACAGGAGGUUGCCGAACUGAAGAAAGCCAUCGAGGAGGAGACUAAAAACCACGAGGCUCAGAUCCAGGAGAUGCGACAGAGACACAGCACCGCUCUGGAGGAGCUGUCUGAGCAGCUGGAACAAGCCAAGAGAUUCAAGGCCAACCUGGAGAAGACCAAGCAGAGCCAGGAGAGCGCCAACAAAGAGCUGGCCACCGAGGUGAAGAGUCUGCAGCAGGCGAAGACCGAGUCCGAGCACAAGAGGAAGAAGCUGGAGGCCCAGCUGCAGGAGUUCAUGGCCAGAGUCACGGAGGGAGAGCGGGCGAAGGGGGAGCUGGCCGAGCGCACGCACAAGCUGCAGGCGGAGAUGGACAGCGUGUCGACCCUGCUGGAAGACACAGAGAGGAAGGGCAUCAAGAUGGCCAAAGACAUUGCUGGAUUAGAGAGUCAGCUGCAGGACUCGCAGGAGCUGCUCCAGGAGGAAACCCGUCAGAAGCUGAACCUCAGCAGUCGCAUUCGUCAGCUGGAGGAGGAGAAAAACGCCCUGCAGGAGCAGCAGGAGGAGGAGGAGGAGGCGCGCAAGAAUCUGGAAAAGCAGCUGUUGACCCUCCAGGCUCAGCUGUCAGAGAGCAAGAAGAAGCUUGAAGAUGAUGUGGGAACCAUCGACGGCCUGGAGGAAGCCAAGAAGAAGCUGCAGAAGGACCUGGAGCUAUCAAGCCAGCGCCUGGAGGAGAAAACCAUCGCCUUUGAGAAGAUGGAGAAAACGAAAACACGCCUGCAGCAGGAGCUGGAUGACCUGACGGUGGACCUGGAUCACCAGAGGCAGAUCGUGUCCAACCUGGAGAAGAAGCAGAAGAAGUUUGACCAGAUGCUGGCCGAGGAGAAGAGCGUCUCGUCUCGUUACGCCGAGGAACGGGACCGAGCCGAGGCCGAGGCCAGAGAGAAGGAGACCAAAGCUCUGUCCAUGGCCCGAGCUCUGGACGAGGCUCUGGAGGCCAAAGAGGAGCUGGAGAGGGUCAACAAGCAGCUCCGGGCGGAGAUGGAGGAUCUCAUGAGCUCCAAGGACGACGUGGGCAAGAACGUCCACGAGCUGGAGAAGUCCAAGCGCACCCUGGAGCAGCAGCUGGAGGAGAUGAAGACUCAGCUGGAGGAGCUGGAGGACGAGCUGCAGGCCACCGAGGACGCCAAGCUGCGUCUGGAGGUCAACAUGCAGGCCAUGAAGGCGCAGUACGAGAGAGACCUGCAGGGCCGCGACGACCAGAAUGACGAGAAGAAGAGAGCGCUGGUCAAACAGGUGCGGGAGAUGGAGGCAGAGCUGGAGGACGAGAGGAAGCAGAGAGGUCUGGCUGUUGCCGCCAAGAAGAAGCUGGAGAUGGAUUUGAAGGACAUCGAGGGUCACAUAGAAGGAGCCAACAAGGCUCGAGACGAAGCCAUCAAACAGCUGCGCAAACUACAGGCGCAGAUGAAGGACUACCAGAGGGAACUGGAAGACGCACGGGCGUCCAGGGACGACAUCUUCGCCAUAUCGAAGGAGAAUGAGAAGAAACUCAAGAGCCUGGAGGCUGAAAUUGUGCAGCUCCAUGAGGACCUGGCAGCGUCGGAGAGGGGUCGGCGCCACGCAGAGCAGGAACGAGAUGAGCUGCAGGAUGAAAUCUCAAACAGCACCUCCGGAAAGUCCGCCCUGAUGGAUGAGAAGCGGCGGCUGGAGGCUCGAAUCGCUCAGCUGGAGGAGGAGCUGGAGGAGGAGCAGGGCAACAUGGAGCUGCUCAACGACCGCUUCAGAAAGACGACGAUGCAGGUGGACACCCUGACCACGGAGCUGAGCGCAGAGCGCAGCACGGGACAGAAGAGCGAGAACGCCCGGCAGCAGCUGGAGCGCCAGAACAAGGAGCUGCGGGCCAAACUGGGCGAGCUGGAGGGCUCGGUGAAGAGCCGCUUCAAGGCCUCCAUCACGGCCCUGGAGGCCAAGAUCGCACAGCUGGAGGAGCAGCUGGAGCAGGAGGCAAAGGAGCGAGCGGCGGCCAACAAGAUCGUGAGAAGGACCGAGAAGAAGCUAAAGGAAGUGUGCAUGCAGGUGGAGGACGAGCGUCGCCAUGCCGACCAGUUUAAAGAGCAGGUGGAGAAAGCAAACUCCCGGAUGAAGCAGCUGAAGCGUCAGCUGGAGGAGGCGGAGGAGGAGGCCACCAGGGCCAACGCCUCGCGCAGGAAGCUGCAGCGAGAGCUGGACGACGCCACCGAGGCCAGCGAGGGUCUGAGCCGGGAGGUCCACACACUCAAGAACCGCCUCAGGCGUGGCGGUCCCAUCAGCUUCUCCUCCAGCCGCUCGGGCAGACGCCAGCUGCAGGUGGAGGGCACCUCCCUGGACCUCCUCUCCGACGACGAGCUGGAGAACAAGAUCACCGACAACAACGCCAACGAGACGCCGGCGCCGCCGACGGAGUGAGAGGCUCCCGGUCCUGCAUGACCCCCCGACCCUCCGCCCGGAGACAGACACCAGCAGCCGGAGCCCCCCUCGCUCCCCGCCCCGCCCCGCCCCGCCCCGAUCACGGUUGUAAGAAGCACGGUGACUCGUCUGCCUUACCCGUCUGCGUCCAGCUGCAGUACAGAUCCUCCUUUAAUCCCUGCAGACGGUAGAAAUAAGUGCCCCCGUUUCCUCGUUCUGCUGGACCACCGUUUGCCGCCGCCACUUCCGUUCUGCAAUACCGAGAAACCACAAAACGACCUUCGGACUCUAUUUUCCCAGCGAUUCACAGUAACAACGUUCGUCCAUCCUCUGAAUCAGUUUACUUAUAUUAGUUGAACUGUAACUGAGUAGUGUUUUUUUUUUCCUCAGUCCUCUGCUAGGAUUGUUUUUUUUUUUUUUUGCUUUGCAGAUGAGUAUAGAGAUGUGACUGUAAGCUGCCUUGUUGCCUCAGUGCUACGAAACGUUGCUCUAAUGUUUGACAGCAGGUCGGUAUCGACUUGUAAUUAUUCAGUGUGUUGCACAAAAAAACAAAGAAAAAACAAAAAAAACCCAUCGAUCACACCAAUUUUUUCCUUUUGCUUUCUUCUUCUUCUUCUUCUGUGCCUUUCUCUGCUCACUAAAUCCCAUGUAUGCCACAUAUACUGUUCAUAUAUUGAACUAUGUGUAUUUUCAUGAAGGUAUUUUCAUAAAAAAAGAAUCAUAAAUCUACAUAUGUAAUGAAAGUAAGUGGAGCCCUGAUUUUUGUUCGCUUCUUUUUUGAAAUGUGUUUCUUCCCGCCGCUCUUACGUUGCAGCAACGAUUAACAGUGUGGGAUUUAGGGCGCGGGUGCUAUUUCUUAUUGAUAGCUUUUAUACUUUUUGAGUUCAUA